GUUGGUUUUAAGUGUCGGUGUUCUACUGCAAAUGCUAGCAUUGCCAGCGAUUCCCACAUCGUUGGUUGACCUACAACAUAGCUUGAUUGCAGGAGAUUGGUUUCUUCAAGAGAGCAUUGUACCAACAAAGCUUACAAAGGAAAGAGCUGCUGUGUGCAUGAUCUGUCAAAGCUGAAAUUCAAAGAAUGAGCAGACUGCAAUGUACUCUGGCACUUUUGGCCACCUGUCUUGUCCAGGUAUCUAUGAAUCCAAACGAUUGGGAUGUCUCGGUCAGGUCUUCUGUGCAAGCAAUCCAAGGGAUGUCUGUAACCUUUUACUGUUCUUUCCAGUAUCCUUUUGAAAACAUACCUUCGUCUGACAUAACAGGCAUGUGGUUGCAUGAUCCAUGUGACUCAUCAUCGCCAACACUGUACAGCAGUGAGAACCCCGGCAAUGAAGAUGUGAAUUUCAUAGGAGAUCUGGGAAGGAAAAACUGCUCUCUUCAGAUUAAUGAUGUUAAGGCAAACCAUGGCAAGACCUAUUGCUUCAGAUUCACAAUACAAGAUAAGAACAAGUGGACUGGACUGCCUGGUGUGACACUCAGAGUUUAUGCACGUCCAACAAAGCCAAUUAUCUCCUACUCCACGGAAUUGGUUGAAGGGGUCACGACCAAAUUGAUCUGUUCCUCGUCUGAGAUUGAUGAUGAGGUCAAGUGUGUCCUCAACUGGCAUGGCCUCGGUGAUGAGACAGCAAUGGACGGCUUAACGAUUUCCAACAACAGAAAACUGACCAGCACAGUUAAUUUCAUGCCUUCAUACCGGAAUCACAACAAGAUCAUCAAGUGCUCAGUCAAUUGCAGAGAAUACUCAUUCAUGGAUGAAACUCAAGAGACCCUGAAAGUGAAAUACGCACCCAAAAACAUAACCACUCAAGUCAACGGUAGAUCGCAGUGGGAAAUCAAAGAGGGUGAUUGGGUCUCUUUGACCUGUGGCAGCAGCAGUAACCCUGAAGCCUCCUACACAUGGUACAAGAGGGACCAAGGUGAAGAUGAAGCAUUUAAUACCAAGAAUGGCUCGCUGCUCUUCCAAAGUAUCUUGCCAAGUGCUUCUGGAUUCUACAAAUGCACAGCAACAAACUACCUGGGAAAUUUGAACACUGAGACAGUGGAGAUCCGUGUCCAAUAUGCACCCAAAAAUGUAACCGUUCAAGUGGAAGGCACAUCACAAUUGGAUAUCAAAGAGGGAGACAAGAUCUCUCUGACCUGUGCCAGUAACAGUGACCCUGACGCCACCUACACCUGGUACAAGAGCGACAAAGGUCAAGUUCAAAUGCUCGAUUACAAGAAUUGCACUUUGAUCUUCCAAAACAUUUCACAAAGUGCUUCAGGAUUCUACAGCUGCACAGCAGCAAACUACCUGGGGAAUCUGAGAUCAGAGGCAGUGGAGAUACGUGUUCAAUAUGCACCCAAAAAUGUAACCGUUCAAGUGGAAGGCACAUCACAAUUGGAUAUCAAAGAGGGAGACAAGAUCUCUCUGACCUGUGCCAGUAACAGUGACCCUGACGCCACCUACACCUGGUACAAGAGCGACAAAGGUCAAGUUCAAACUCUUUAUUCCAAGAACUGCACUUUGAUCUUCCAAAACAUUUCACAAAGUGCUUCAGGAUUCUACAGCUGCACAGCAGCAAACUACCUGGGGAAUCUGAGUUCCGAGGCAGUGGAGAUACGUGUUCAAUAUGCACCCAAAAAUGUAACUGUUCAAGUGGAAGGCACAUCGCAAUUGGAGAUCAAAGAGGGAGACAAGGUUUCUUUGACAUGUACCAGUAACAGUGACCCUGAAUCCACCUACACCUGGGACAAGCAGGACGAAGGAGAAGUUAAUGUUUUUAAUUCCAAGAAUGGCACUCUGCUCUUCCAAAGUAUUUCACAAAGUGCUUCUGGAUUCUACAAAUGCACCGCAACAAACUACCUGGGACAUCAGAGCUCAGAAACAGUGGAGAUAUGUGUUCAACAUGCACCCAGAAAUGUUACCAUUCAUGUGAAAGACCGAUCUGAAGUGGAAAUUAAGGAGGCUGACAACAUCUCCUUGAUAUGUGCCAGUCACAGUUACCCUGAAGCUGCUUACACCUGGAACAGGAGGAUGGGAGAUAAUGACCAAACAAUGACCCUAAUUGGAAACGGAGACACCAUGGUCUUCCACAAUAUUUCAAGAAGGGACUCUGGAUUGUAUGCAUGCACCGCAUCAAAUUAUUUGGGACAUUAUAUCUCAGAAGAUUGGGAGAUUUCUGUUCAUUACAAGCCUACUCAUGUAAACCUGACCCGAGAUGGGAUGAGUUUUCGCUGUACUGCUGAAGCUAAUCCCCCCGCAAGGAUUUCCUGGAACAACACGGACAUGACCGCAGAGGUGCUCAAUGGCACUUGGACCACCAGCACCCUGGUUCUGCAAACAAUGACAAGCGGUUGUGUUUCAUGCCGAGCUCAGAAUAAACUUGGCUUUAUACAUUCAGAGGAACGAUGUUUCAAGUCAACACGGGGUGCCAUCUUGGGACUAGUAAUUGUAGGAUCCAUUGCUGCAAUCCUGGUCGCCUUUGGCAUUUUGCUUUGGACACAGAGGAAAAAAAUAAUCAAACGAAAAAUGGAAGAAAGUGAAACUCAACCUGUUAUCUACACAACAAUGCAGAAUUUGCCAGAGGCCUGCCAAACAAGCAAUUCUGACAUCACUGGUGUGUAUGACAACUUGUGCAAGACCAAGAGUGGAGAACGGAAAUGGACAUUUUCGAAGAAAGGCGCUGGAGAUGUCUUGGAGUAUGCAUCCUUAAGGUUUGCCUCUAUGCGUAAGGGUUUGAAAGCAGCAAGACGCAACCCAAAUCAAGGACAACCUGAUGACGCACAGCAGGUGACUGUAUCUGAUGAUGAUGUCUCGUAUGAAAAUAUGGUGAUGAUUAAGACCACCGUUGGAGAGGUAGGAGAUGCCAGCAAGGAUCCAGGAGAGACCACCCUAUACGCCUGCAUUAAAGGUGACGAUCUGCAGACUAAAGAGGAAGUAAAAUAAGAACAUAAGAACAUAAGGAAUAGAAGGAGAGCAGUCCAUUCAGCCAUGUUUGAUGUGCUGUUAGAUUGUGGCUAAUCUUUAACUUCAGUGCACUAACGUUAUACUCUGUCAUUCCAUUAAUAACUAACAAAUUGCUGAAAAUUCCCAAUAAAUUUAUCAUAAGAGGAAAGCAUCUUCAAAAUACAGACAAUUAUUCUGGGGCGAAAUAACAUUUUCCAACCAUACCAUACUCCAAGAGAUGCUUACCUGGCUGUCUGUGUGGUUCCUUUAUUCAUUUUUGUUUUCUUAACAUAGAAAUGACAUGGACAAGGCUGCGUCUGCAGCCCAGGUCCAAUGGCCUUGUCAGGCAUUUUCCUUCUACUUCUGAGGACCUUCUGAUGAUGGCAUUCCCAAAGUUGGUGGGAAUUUAUGGGAAUUUAUAAGACAACCAGGCAAACAUGUAAUAUGAGAGCCUUACAUACUGGAAAAGCAAGAUGGAAAAUUAAGCCAACAAAGUGAAGGUCAUAAAAUGCUGAAGUAACUCAGCGGGUCAGGCAGCAUCUUUGGAGAGAAGGAGUAGGUGACGUUUCGGGCAGACCCGAAAUAUCACUUUCUCCAGAGAUGCUGUCUGACCCGUUGAGUUAGUCCAACCGUUUUUGGCUAUCUUCAGUGUAAACCAGCAUCUGUAGUUCUUUCCUACACACAGACUGAAGGUCAUGUUAGGAGAGGAGAUAAUUAGAGAUUGUGAGGCCUAGUUAGCUUGAGCAAAGAUAAACAUAGGGUCUUUGUAAGCAAGGGUGAAUGCAAUAUUAUUGAUCAGAAGAUAAGAUGAUCAAUGACACCCAGUUACAGACCAAAUAGGGAUAUGGCUUUUUAUGCAAAGAAAGAAAAGUUGGAGCAGAUCAAGGUAUCUCCCACAGAGCUAAAACAAGGAUCAAAGACUACAAAGAAAAGAGGAUUACUGCUAAAUGAUUGUAAAAUCCGCAUGUAACCACUAACACAAUGUAACCAUUAAGGCAAAAAACGAGUCAAGGCAGCACUUUGAAUCCUCUAACAGGGCUUCCCUGUAUAUACUGACAAGCUCUGAAUAAAAUGACUUAUUUGAGAAAAUGA